CAUCGCAGCUCUGAGCUCAGCGGACGCUUCAUCACACCAGCCACUGGAUGCCUUUCCAAGCAGAAGGCUUGCAGCUGAGGGUAAACCUCUGAGAAGCGGAUGAAGAAACAGAUCUUACUACGUUUCACAUACAGAGGACUAGUCAGCAAAGGAAAAAAGAGCAAAAGAAGAAAAUGGCCAAUUUUAUAUUACGGAAAGCCGAACCCAAGGAUGUGUCUGACAUACUGCGACUCAUAAAGGAACUGGCAAAAUUUGAGGAAAUGGAAGAUCAAGUUAUUCUCACUGAGAAAGAUCUGCUGGAGGAUGGGUUUGGAGAUCAUCCGUUCUAUCACUGUAUCGUGGCAGAAGUGCCCAAACAGGAGCAGAGCGUUGAUGGUCAUGUGAUCAUUGGCUUUGCCAUGUAUUAUUUCACCUAUGACCCCUGGAUUGGGAAACUGCUCUACUUGGAGGACUUCUAUGUCAUGAAAGAGUUUCGGGGUUUUGGAAUUGGGUCUGAAAUCCUGAAGAAACUGAGUCAGACGGCGGUCAGGACUCGGUGCAGCAGCAUGCACUUCAUCGUGGCUGAGUGGAACAAGUCCUCCAUUGAGUUUUACAAACGGCGUGGAGCGUCUGAUCUCUCGCUGGAGGAAGGAUGGAGGCUCUUCAAGAUCGACAAGCAGAACCUGCUCAAGAUGACCGAUGAGGAGUAAACCGGGUGUCAGGAGAUUGUUGCAGUGUGAUUGAAACUCUGGUGCUGGUGUUCACUAAAGUGGACAGAUCUUCAAAACUCAUUUUGAAGCAUUCAGGGUGUAAUGUUACAUCCCAAACCUUUAAUUCUUACCCAUAAUACCCAUAAAUCAUUGUGUGUUUUUUUUAUUGCAAUGUCUGACAAGAGUUUAUCACUUCUACCUUUAGAUGUGUAAUUCUCUCGACAUCAUUUCGAAAAAUAUUUUUCUUGUUUUGAAGUAAAAGGUACAUAAAAUAUUUAUUUUCUUUUGUGAUUUAAUCAUUCAUGAAUCAGGUUGUAAUGUAAUGAAUCAUAUGUACUGAUGUUUAUAUAGAUGUGGCAUA